AUGAACGCUUCAACCAACGGAACCCAGCAUGUGAUGCAAGGAUGGACAUCAAGUCCUGACCAACGAGGAACCAUCGACAUUCUAUUCUCAUGCUGCUUGACAACUCUCCUCUGCUGCUGGACCUCGGUAUGUCCCAACGUUCCGGCCAAGAACGACAGCAAAUGGAUGCAGCUCCAGGACAAGAUGAACCUCGCAUUUAUGGGUCUAUUAGGUCCAGAGUUCUUGUUGAUGCUGGCCCUGGGGCAAUGGGCUUCUGCGAGACGUUCGGUCAAGAUGUUCCGAGCGGCUGGUUAUGAGCAGUGGACGAUGACGCAUGCGUUCUUUGCUGAUAUGGGCGGGAUUAUGCUUCAAACGCCUGGGUAUCCCGAGUUUCCGGUUGAUGCGGAACAGCUCUACUACUUGAUCGACAAGAGAUAUAUCGAGUACCCGGAUAUCCACAAGGCCGAUAUCGACGACAAGAACAAAUCCGACGGACUGGCACGCUUACACUCUGCACAUCCCGCUCAUCCACCUCUUCACACGACGCAUCACCAGCCGGCCACACGACCGCAUCCGCACCGACCACUUCGCCGCCACCGACGCUUUGUCCGAGGUCCUCUCGGCGCCGCUGAUCGGGGCGUACGCCGUGAUCUUCGCGCUGGCGUGGGACUUCGAGUUCCCGUCGCGGGUCGAGCAGAUGUUGUGGCGGGCGUCGAGCGUGUACAUGGCGUUUUUCUGCUGCGUCGGGGGCCUGUAUAG